AUGACUGCCAAGAGUCUCUUGGUCGCUGCUGCGGCGCUCUCGGGCGUCUCGGCCCUGCAGAUUCCUCUUAAUGUCCAGCUUCCGUGGAGCUCUAGCUCGGGACCCAGCAGCGAUGACCUCACCGGUCUGCCCUUGAUCGAUACCAAGGAAUUGCAGCACAGCAUCAAGGCCUCGAACCUCGAGACGAGGGCCAAGGAGCUUUAUGAGAUUGCAAAGAAUGGAGAGGAGGAGUAUGGACAUCCUACUCGUGUCAUUGGCAGUGAAGGCCACCUCGGCACAUUGUCCUACAUCCACGCUGAGCUGGCCAAGCUGGGCGGUUACUAUUCCGUCUCUAACCAGCAGUUCCCCGCCGUGUCGGGCAACGUUUUCGAGUCUCGCCUCGUCAUCGGUAACUCGGUGCCAAAGGACGCGUCGCCCAUGGGUCUGACUCCUCCCACCAAGAACAAGGAGCCCGUCUACGGAAACCUCGUCCUCGUCAAGAACGAGGGCUGCAGCGAGUCCGACUACCCCGAAUCCCUCAAGGGCAACAUUGCUCUCAUCCUGCGAGGAACAUGCCCCUUCGGUACCAAGUCGGAGAAUGCUGGCAAGGCUGGUGCUGUCGCCGCUGUGGUGUACAACUAUGAGAAGGAGGAGGUUCAUGGAACUUUGGGAACUCCCUCUCCUAACCACGUCGCUACUUUCGGACUCGGCGGUGAGGAAGGCCAGGCUAUUGCUAAGAAGCUCAAGGAUGGCGAAAAGGUUGAUGCUAUUGCGUACAUUGACGCCGAGGUCAAGACCAUCGCUACCACCAACAUCAUUGCCCAGACCCGUCACGGUGACCCCGAGAACUGUGUCAUGCUCGGUGGCCACAGUGACAGUGUCACCGAGGGACCUGGUAUCAACGACGACGGCUCCGGCAGCAUUUCCGUUCUUGAAGUCGCCACCCAACUCUCCAAGUUCCGCGUCAACAACUGCGUGCGCUUCGCCUGGUGGGCUGCUGAGGAGGAGGGUCUCCUUGGCUCCGACCACUACGUUGCCGUGCUGCCCGAGGAGGAGAACCGCAAGAUCCGCCUCUUUAUGGACUACGACAUGAUGGGUAGCCCCAACUUUGCCUACCAGAUCUACAAUGCUACCAACUCUGAGAACCCCGCCGGUUCUGAGGAGUUGCGUAACCUCUACGUCGACUGGUACGAGGAGCAGGGUCUCAACUAUACCUUUAUCCCCUUUGACGGCCGCAGCGACUAUGAUGGAUUCAUCCGUGGUGGUAUUCCCGCUGGUGGUAUCGCUACUGGUGCCGAGGGUGUCAAGACCAAGGAGGAGGCAGAGCAGUUUGGUGGUAUCGCCGGCCAGUGGUAUGACCCUUGCUAUCACCAGUUGUGCGACGACCUCAACAACGUCAACUACACUGCCUGGGAGGUCAACACAAAGCUCAUUGCCCACUCGGUGGCCACGUACGCCCUCUCGUUCAAGGACUUUCCUGAGCGUACAACCGAGGUUUCUAUCCAGACCUACGCUGACAAGGUCAAGAUGCACGGAAAUAAGUACAUCAUUUAAGAAGUGCAACAGACCCAGUGGUCUUUUUUUAAUUGAUUGGAUAUCUUAACUGAAUUUAAAUGCUUAGAUGAAUCUUGUCCACCUUGUGAAAAAAGAACCCAUUUACAAUCAUGAAAACCUUGGAAAUGCCCGUCUAACCCCAACCAUCAAGCAAAAAGACAGCAAGCUAAUCCGACCGACCUUGAAGAAGCCUGCAAUUACUAACCCUAACACCGAGUUUGCAUCCUCGUCAUCGUUCCUGAUGAUUAUCCUUCCCGAGGACACGUCCUCUUCAUCUUUGGUAAUUCAUACGCUAAUAGUAAUCCAGCCGUGUCAUUCAUCGCGGCGGCGUAAAUUCAUAUGGAGUGCCGACAAGUACGCCGCCUGUGACAAAAUCACAGCCCCCGACCUGCUCGGGGAUGUCAGGCACAUAGUACUCGAAGUCGUCCCGAAGCUCCUCUAGUGUGACGGGCAGGAUGAGGCGGGAGAUGGCCUUUCGAUCGGCGAGGGUGCCCGAGUUGGAGGGCCAAGAUCCGGGGGUGGGACCCACAUCUGCACGGGCGAUCGCGGAGGUCUCGGCGGGCUGGGCACCGGGGGACGGAGGCUUGGCGGCCGAGGAUCCGGGCCGGCUGCCGCUUCGCAAACGGGAUGCGAGACCAACGUUGAAGGUGAGAAGUCGACUAAUGCGGUGGGCAAGUUCGUCGCGGCUAUUUUUCGCGUCCUUUUCCCCUGGGCUGGUAUUUCCAUCCAGUCAGCCAUUCUGCGGUCUGUGCGAACAAACGAGAGGAGGGCAGGGAUAUGAUUCUGUGGGCUAUGUGGCCUGCUCACCAGUUUAUUACGGUCAUCAUCAUGGCGAUUGACAGGUUAUGCCACCGGACACGGGCGCACAGGGCCCUUAUGCGCUUCUCCAGGUGUCUUGCGGCAUCUUCAGGGCUCGAGCGCGCAGCCUCCUCGUCGAGUGUGCAGCACAGGGAAUACAUGCGAGAAAAGGCGAGAACUGUGUCGGUCAGAGUGGCGACCAGCUCAUCGAGACCGAUCCAUGCUGCUCGGGUUGGGAAUGGGAUCUGAGCAUUCUCGAUGAGGCUGAGAGUCUUGCAGAGGGCGUGAAUCGAAGAGCGACACUCCUUGACCUCACGGAGGAAGAGGUUGAGGAUAGCCGUGUCGUGCUGAGGUGAGAUGUUGAGAUCGAUGAGGGUGUCGAUGGCAGUGGCGCCGACAGCGAGAAGCCCGGCGAUGGCGGUGGACGCAGGGAGGCCGACGACGGCGGGGUCCAUGUCGGCCUGCAGAGCGGAAGGCAUUUACAUGAACGGUUUCGACGAAGGCGGGCUUGGAGGUGCUGCGCCUAGGAAUUGGGAAGCAAAGCACAAGCAAGCUGUGUAAUUUGUUUGGAUUUGAGGCUCUUGUGAGUUGAAUGAAUGGGCGGCGCGAUCGAGUUAUUUGCUUGGCAGAGGCGCUUCUAGGCCGGCCCCCCUGGACUCUUGAGUAGUCCAAGACAAGGCGAGACAAGACACUUUUUUUUUUUUUUUUUGGAGGGGAGGGGAGGGGGACGAACAGGGCCAAGAGAAAAUGGGGGGAAUAAUACGUAGUAAACAGCGAGGGCGGGGGGGAAAGAGAGGGGGAAAAGAGAC